GUUCGCUUCUCCCGGGCAGGUCGCUGUUCCUCCUCCUCCUCCUCCGCCUCGGUGUCUUCCCGGCGGGUUUUCGGUCCGCGACACACGGACGUUUCGAGGCCACUCUGUCGAUGUCUUUCAUGGAGAAGAAGAGCCCCGGCAGGCUGCUGUUGGACGACACCGUGCCGCUGACGGCGGUGAUCGAAGCCAGCCAGAACCUGCAGUCCCACACGGAGUACAUCGUCAGAGUCCAGAGGGGCGUGUCUUCAGAGAACAGCUGGCAGGUGAUCCGGCGCUACAGUGACUUUGAUGUUCUCAACAGCAGCCUCAUGGUUUGUGGCAUCGCUCUCCCGCUUCCUCCCAAGAAGCUCAUUGGAAACAUGGACCGGGAGUUCAUCGCGGAGCGGCAGCGGGGGCUGCAGGCCUUUCUGGACUCCAUUACCCAGCAUCCUUUGCUCUCCGGCUCCCUCCCGGUCAAGAAGUUCCUCGACCCAAACAACUACUCUGCCAACUACACAGAGAUCGCCCUGCAGCAGGUCUCCAUGUUCUUCCGGUCGGACCUGAAGUGGGAGGUUCUGGAGCCGCUCAAGGACAACGGCUGGAGGAUCAGGAAGAAAUAUGUGCUGAUCAAGAACAAAGAGCAGCCCAAAGAGAGGUACCUGCUUAGCUGGGUGGAUCUGGGUCCUGAUAAGUUCCUGUCUGACAAAGACCUGCAGGCGGCAAUGAAGCUGCUCACCACCCUGUCUACUCCAUAUCUGUGUCCGCUGUUGUUCUCCAGCACCAGCGAGUCCUCGGCUCUGCUCAUCCGGCCCUUCAGUGAGAGAGGCUCUCUGAGAGACCACAUCUGUAAGGUGAAGCCCACAGAGAGUUACCUGAAGAAGUACUGCAACCCCAAGAAGAGUCAAGGCCUCCAGCUGCCGCACAUCAAGCUGUACGGCCGGCAGAUCCUGGAGGGCCUGCGGCUCCUCCACGGCAGCGGCGUGUUCUUCGGCCACCUUCACGCCUCCAACGUCAUCGUGGAGGACGACGUGUGCCGGCUGGUCGACGUGGAGAACGGCAUGCUGGGAGUUCCCUCGGUGCUGCGGCCCGCCUUCACCCAGCUGAGGAAGAUCAACACGACCGAGAGCAUCGACGUCUUCGGCUUCGGACAUUUGCUCUACGAGAUGACGUACGGCCGGCCGCCGGACGCCGUGCCCGUCGAUCAAUACCCCGAUGUGCCCGACAGCGCCGUGGCGUCCGUGCUGCAGUCCAUUCUGUCCACAGAGGCCUGUAAGAACGGGAUGCCGACCGUGUCGCAGCUCAUCCAGACGCCGCUCUUCGGGGACGUCCGGCUGCAGCUCUCAGAGAAGCUCCAGAUCAAAGUUCCCAGCCGGCUAAAGGAGGCGCUGAAGGCGGCAAAGGAGAGUCUGGAGAGGAGGCUGCAGGAGGAGCAGAGAGUGAUCCACCAGCACAGGAGGCUGAGCAGAGCUCGCUCCCACCACGGCUCAGAGGAGGAGAGGAAGAGGAGGAAGGUUCUGGCGAGGAAGAAGUCCAGACGGUCGGCUUUUGAGAAUGAAGAAGACUUCUCGGUCAGAAACAACAACAACUCUGGUAGGUCACCACAGUGGAAAGGGGAGGAGCUUAUUGACCAGGUUGAUCUGAGGUUCUGGAGCCAGUUCCCCCCUCACAUGCCCCUCCUCCCCCAUCCCCCCACCCACCACAGAGCAUGCUCCAUUCUGACCGUGUCGUUGGGAACCCUGACUGCUCCUCCUCCUCCUCCUCCCCCCCCUCCACCUCCUCCUCCCCCGACGCUGGACUCGUCCUCCUUUCCUCCCGCGUCCUCGGCGGCAGGAGGUCGCACCGCCUUGCUGACCUCCAUCCAGGCCUUCAGAAAGGGCAAACUGAAGAAGGCCGAGGCUCCGCCCCCCUGACCUCCUGACCUCCACCAGGAGAAGAAUAACCCCCCCGCUGUGACGGCGCCCCCUCCGGCCGACCUGCUGGUUCUGCACUGUGGUCGGGAACGGUGGUCCACGACGUCGCUCCCUGAGAUGUGAACAAGGAAUCACUAACACACACACACACACACACAUAUAUCUACACACACACACACACAGAAAUUCCAAGUACCAUUUUGACUUUUUAUUGCUUUUUCUGCUUUUUUUUUCGUUUUGCUUUUACAUUUUUUAAAUCGGUUGCUGAGGUUAGAAAGAGGACGGGGGAGGGGCACGUCAGUCCUCAGUCCUCCCUUAAAAACAGUGUGCGCUCCUCCUGGGAUCCUCCUCGGCUUCUCCUCGGCUCCUCCUGGGAUCCUCCUGGGCUCCUCCUCGGCUUCUCCUGGGAUCCUCCUCGGCUUCUCCUCGGCUUCUCCUCGGCUCCUCCUGGGCUCCUCCUCGGCUUCUCCUGGGAUCCUCCUGGGCUUCUCCUGGGCUCCUCCUCGGCUUCUCCUCGGCUCCUCCUGGGCUCCUCAAGAAGGCCGUUGAAUGUUUUACAUUUUAAGUUUUGGAGUCUCCUGGAUCCUAAAGGUCUGGAUGUCGUUGCUCCUCCGGUUCUGAAGACGCCGUCUGACCCAAACUCCGGCGUUCCCCUCUUGGAGAUCCUCUCGUGACGCUUCACAGCAGGACGUCAGUGACAACAAACAAACAAAAAACAACUCAAUCACUCAAAUCAACGUCAACUUUUUUCUUAAAAACAUCUGGAAAAAAUAUGAAUAUUCCAACAAAAAUUCUCUAAAUGUGGAACAAACAGAAUACGUUUGUUUCCAAACACGUAUUAUUUAUUUAAAGACUAGAUGGAAACCUGCAAAAGAAAAUGUAAGAAGAUUUAUACAUCGUAAAAAAAAAAAAGUACAAAUGUAGUAAUAUAUAUAUAUAUUGAAUUUUUUUUUACCGAUGUUUAAAUAUUUUUACUUUUUUGUGUGCAAGUUUUCUGGAAUUUUGUUGGAAAAAGAAAAAGAAAAUAGCGCUCCGUUUGAAUGCAACACUUUAUACAAAAUCAUCGUGUAAACAAUCCCACAAUCAGGCUGGCUGUAGUUGUCACUAUGGGGGGGGGGGGCAGGUGCAUUCCUUCUCCAGACUGGCUGCUACAUGUGAAGGAACAGGAAGUCCCGCCCUCUUUGCACUUUCAGUGUGUGCGUCCUCCGGUCAGACGUCGGUUCUGUGGCUCGGAUCCUCAGAACCGACAGAACUGGCGAGCCGCUCGGCUCCGAUUGUAUCCGAAGGUCUGAAAUUAAUCUGAAACAUGUUUUUUUUUUCCUCCAGCAGCAUCUUUACCGAUGUAUUUGAGAUGUUUUUCUUUUUUUAAUGAUUUUUUAGCUUCUUUGCACCACAAUAAAUUCGUAUUAUUCCUCUUCUGUCAGUUUCCACGUCGCACGUCUUAAGACUUCCUUCUUUCUCUGAAAACCGACUUGUUGCACAGACUUGAAAAUCUAUCCAUCAACUUUUUUAGUUUAUUAAUUUAUGGGUGUGUGCUCGUGUGUGUGUGCAGGGUUUCUAUUGGUUGAACGAGGAAUCAGAGAUUUAAACAGUUCAUCUUUCCGACCUGUACUUUGUAAUUCUGGGUUUGAGUUUGUUAAAUAAAUGUCGGUGAAGCUUUUAUAAACCAGAGUUCUAUUUAAAAUGGCGUGUUAAACCUUUUCCUCUCGCCGUGUCGGGGUUUUGGUGUAUUUAGUGUUUAUUAUAAAUUAACUUCAUUACGGGUGUGUUUUCAUCAAUGUGUCUUGGGGAAUAAAGACGCAGGUUCACUUCUCCCCACCAGAUAUUCUAUUCAAUUUAUUUCGUGUAGCCAAAAAUCACAGAUUAAGUGUGUGUGUGAUCUCUGAAUCACAAGAAUGAUUUUAAAUUCUCUGCAGCAAGUUUUUACACUCGUCUUAAAACUCAGCUGAAAGAAGGAAGUCAAUAAUUUGGUCGUCACAUUUAACCCCCACCAGACGGUCGAGGUUAAUUUCAGACCCUCGUUAAAUUGAUUUCUGUUAUUUUAAAGUAUUUUUUUUGGAUUUCGUUUGAAUUCCGUUGUAUUUAAAUGUCCGUUGUCACAGAGCUGAGAUUAUGUUUAUUUUAUUGUGCCAUAUGGAUCUUUGUGCCUCUGGGAAAAGAUGAAUGUUUCUUUUGUUGUUGAUAUAUUGUGUGUGAUAUUAUCGUAACGCCAGAUAAUCCGUCUGCGGGACGUUAUGUUAUCGAGAUUCCCUAAUUAAACAACUGAUUAAUUUUUAUAAUUUGGUCGAUAAAAGAAUAAAAAAUGAAAAAAUUUCAGUUUACAGUGAUAUGAAAGAGUAAAGCAGCAAAACACAACUAAUUGAAAAGUAACUCUUAAUAAAUAAAGAGCAAAUAAAAGUAAAAUUCUUGUUUUGGGAGGAAGUCAUGAUGACUCAGCAUAUUGAGUAGGGCUGGGCUAUAUAUAUAUAUAUCAAUAUCGUGAUACUAGCAAUAUCGAGCUAUUCUAUUUAUAUUUACUUAUUCAUUAAAUCCACAUUACUGGUGA